GAGGGGCUUAGCAAGUGUUUUACACAUCUGUAAAUCAAAUUAAUUAUUAUUUUUUUCUAUUUUUUGAUGGUAUUUUGAUUGUUCACCAACAACAGGGAUCGCUCUUUUACUGUUUUAGAGUAGCAGCAGCAGCCACAGCAAAGCGGCAGCACUAAUCUCUCUCUCUCUCUACACUGGGUCAUCUUCAUCAUCAUCUACAGAGCGUAUCUCCUGCUUGCCCUUUAGAUUUCCUUCUUAUAAACUUUUUUCACUCUCUCUCUCCCACCCUCCUUUUUCCAUAUAUGAGCUAAAAGAGAGGAGUGUAGGGGUCAUUUCCAAAAGCAAAAUUGAUUAUUUUGUUACUGUCUUGAUUCAACCAUAAUGCAGAUGGGUUUUUGUUAAAAAGGUCCCUCCUUUUACAGUUGCUGCCUACUCUUAAUCAUGAUUUAUUAUCUCAAGAUUCUUGCUUGGAUAAUGUGAAUCUUCAACUGCAUGGUUUUGAGGAAGAAAAGCCAAUUACAAGCCUCUAAUUUUUGUCAACUGAAACUCCCAUUUGGAAUUCUGAAUUCAGUCAUUUCAUCAGCGGACAGGAUUUGAUUAAUUUCAGCGCCUUUAAUUAGUUGCUGUAAUUGUGAAGAUUGGUCCUUUAAUCCUGAGUCUAAUUGAGAAAAUGCUGCAGAGAUUCGCGAAGUCUUGUGCUUGAUUUGAGUCUAUAACCAUAAGAGAGCGUCUUGCACAAGCAAUUGCAAAAGAGAGAGAAAAUAUAUAAAGGGUUUUCACCGUUGAACCUUUCAAAGCUGCUUUAUUUUCUCGACUUGGCGAAUCUGGGGUUCUUUUAUACAGUAUCCGUUGUUCACAUUUUUUUAGAGAUAUAGACAGACCUGUCCCCCCACCAACCAUCGAUUUGCAAUUCUGAGGGUUUAUUGCUGUUGAAGUUUCCUCGGAAAAACUUGGCUGCAAUAGCUCUUCAAGUUUGAGUUUUUUAGUUUCUUGUUUGGAUUUGGGGUUAUUGCUAAGGAUAGAGAUUGUGGGGGCUGGCUUUUUGGGUGGUUUUACUUUUGGGUUUUGAAAGGUUUUUUGAGUGGCAUUCUGCUGAAUUCCAACAUUCCAAAGCAUCGAUGGGGCUUCUUCGAAGUCUCGCGAUGCUUUCUCUUCUUACAUUGAUCGUCUGGUUGCCGGGGAUUAUUGCUCAGUCAAUAAAUAGUGCGCGUCCCCUUGAUGCUCUUCUCCAAGACUAUGCUUAUAGAGCAUUUGUUCGUCCUAGGACUGGCAUUGCAUAUGAUGGGACUGUUCCUUCGAACUUGACUGGGAUCAAGAUUGCUGCCAUGAGGCUCAGGAGUGGGAGCUUGAGAAGAAAAGGUGUUAAGAUGUACAAAGAGUUUGGGAUUCCCGAAGGAGUGGUGGUGGUGCAGUAUGUGGAGAGGCUUGUUUUGGUCUACCAAAAUCUGGGCAAUUGGUCUUUGACAUACUACCCGCUGCCUGGUUAUGCUUACCUUGCUCCAGUUUUGGGACUUAUUGCUUACAGUGCUUCAAACUUAUCUGCUACGAAUUUGCGUGAGUUGGACAUCAGGGUUUCUGGCGAUCCCCUAAAUAUCACAUUCCCGGAUGUGCAAUCACCUCCAGUUGGGUCUAUUGCAAAGUGUGUGGGGUUUGAUUUACAGGGUCGUCCAACUUUUAGCAACGUGUCUUCUGGAAAUGUAUGCUUAACGACCCAACAAGGGCAUUUUUCAAUAGUUGCUGAGUCGCCCGCCCCUUCUCCAACACCAGUAUCUCCUAGUCCAUCUCCUCCGAAUGUGGGUCCUGUACCAAGUGGACGGGGAAAGAAGAACUCUAAAAAAGUUGGGAUAAUUGUUGGGUCUGUCCUGGGUGGAUUAUUGCUGUUGGUGUUUUUGUCAUUCUUCGUAUUGUGGGCGCAGAAGUUGAAACAGAGGAAGAAAAUGCAACAGAUGGAGAGGGCUGCAGAGGUGGGGGAAUCCCUACAGAUGACAUCGGUUGGGGAAACGAAAGCACCAGCAGCGAUGGUUACCCGAACACAACCGACCCUUGAGAAUGAAUAUGUGCCAUAACUCCUCCCACCUGUACAAGUCCUCCCUCUUUUCCACACUCAUUCUUAAUUCAAGCUCCAUUCCCGUAUUCAAAUAUUCUUCCAUUCACAUCUUUUUUUGGUGGUGUCUUCUUCCUCGUCUUGUUUGGUUCUGGUAGGCUUUUCAUUGUAGUGUGAGUAAUAUAGAAUGUUUGUGUAAAUCUGUUAUCACUCACAAACCCUCCAUAGUUUUAUGAUUCAUUGUGGUGUGCAUUUUAGCAAAAAGUAAUUUCAUAUGUGAUGAGUUUAGUUUUCCCAUUGACAAGGAAUAAAAAUUUCUGUGGUGCCUUCCAUUACAGAUUGUUUUC